GGGCAUCUCAUGGGGCCCCCUACUGACCCCAGGCCCUCGGGCAGUGCCCGAGUUUCCAAAUGGUCAGUCCGCCCCUGCUCAACAGACUAAUAUAUUACAAAAAAAGGUUUAUAUCUCACUUACAAAAAAUUGCUCUUCAUCCAGUGCACAUAGCAUUGAGUGUCUCUUUAAACAAGAGUUUCCCCCUCAAGGCAAAACUUUGGCUUCAGAUACCUAUCCAAGAUGGCAGUCUUCUGGUUCCUGCUUAGCGUAAUGACAUCAUCCGGCCAUGAUUUUGACGCAUUUCAUCAUCCAAUCAUGACUGCUUCACUAGCCUCAACGUU